CUGAAGUUGUUACUGAAAAAAUGUAUAGACUAUACAAACACUCAAAAAGAUAAUUUGAUGAUGGGAAAUAUAACUGUACAAGAAUUGACAAAUACAACCCCUGAAAUUCAGUUAGUUCAAGACAUUGCAGAACGUUGCAAACACAUUGAAACUGCAGUUUCAACCUGUGUCUUCGGGAAUUUAAUUAGACAAUAUUUUGAAAACAAUGAGAAAGAACUAGAGGAAAUUGAAAACGAGUCUGACGAUGGUUUCGCGGACGACGAAUUAUCAUUGACUUUUCUCUUUGAUGAACAUUUUAUAAAACGUCAUGACGGGAAACAUGUUAGUCUACAAUCAGUCCUUAGAAUUGUCGAAAUUAUUGCUAAGGACUGUUUUGGACGAUACAAACAACUAUGGGACAAUUAUGCAAAUGAAACGGAGCACAGUAUUACUGAACUGAGAACCAUGUUCUUAGGCGUGAAGGAUAUGGACAAAGAGAUUAGACAAGCAGAAAAAACGUGUAUUUUUAGACUGAAACCACAUACGCGAAAUAGUCUCAUUCGUUUUUCAAAUCUUCCUUCUUAUGGUCAGACAGUCGAUACUAUAAAGGUCGCAGCUAAAACGUUCAAAUUUGAUAACAAGGAAGACUCGCUUUAUAUCGAUACUGUGCAAAAAUUUGAAGGUUUGUUAAGUGGAAACCUAUCUGGUAUUACCUUACAAGAUAUGACACCUAUUUUAAACCAGAUUGAUAUUGUACACAACGUUAUAAACUCUGAUCUUCAAGAUAUUCUUCAGGCGUUAAAAACAUCUUCUGCAUUGCUUGAUUUUCUAAGAGAAGUUGCAGACGACGACCUUCGCAAUCUGAUUGACGCAGUAGAAGAACAUUCUGAACAAUAUGUCAGGGAAUCCACUGUUUCGGAUUUAAUAGAAAUAAAGCGCUUUUUUAAUCCAGUUUUGAAGGGGAACUUUUUGGAAAAUAUAGGUAAACUCUUCGAAUUGCUACAGAGGCAGGUCGAAAAUAUUGGAAAUAACAAGAUUCCAGAGAAAAUCUAUAUUUGUCGUGACAACCUUCAUUCGUUGAAAGCUCUAUAUCGCAAUGCUGCUAAUAGAGGCGAACGCACUGUUGAAGUUAUAGAAAAUAUUAUGCAAAAAGGAGUAUUUCGUUUUUUACUUUCAUCCAGAGCAUGUGAGGUUACCACGGAAUAUAAACAGGUAAAAAAGAAAUAUAAACAAUCUGGCGCUGAUUUAAGUGAUCUAAGAAGUAGAGCUCUCCUACUUAUGAAUGCAGAUGAUAGAGAUAAAAGUAAAUCAAAAAGUGUCAGAAAAGACGAUCUAGAAAAAUUUGUCCAUAUAGUAGACGAAGCAUUUGAAGUUGCAGGUAUUUGCAUGCAGUUAAAACGAGCUGGUCAUUUUGAAUUUUCAAAGUAUGAAGAAAACUGCCGACGUGAAAAUUUGAAUAAUUUAAAGUGUCAAUUACAGCAUCAAUAUGAAGAGUGGAUAUCGGAGAUUCAUGCGUGUCGUAAGAAGUUUUACUACUUGAAUUUUCUUUAUGCAGAUCAACUAUAUGAGUUGUAUUCUUUUCUUCACAAUGCCAAAAAUAAUGAUGUCAUUGUAAUGGCGAUCCUUAGAUUUAUCGACCCAUCCAUCGAGGAUUUACAAAAGAUCACACUCAUUUAUGAUUCUUUUAAAAUUGUUUCAAGUGGUGAUCACAUUGCCGCACUUGAAAACAUUGGUCAAACUUUAGAAGAACUGUACAGCGGGAUGAAAACAAACCAAACAAAAUUCCUGGAAUGUCUCGAACACACCAAUCUCGCCGAAAAAGUCCAACCUGGAGUACCGUAUGUAACGUCUUUAGCCGAUGGAAGUCCUCUUGUUAUUAGAACCUUACUAGCACUUUACUUAAACACAACUGGAAUGUUUCCUCAAGCUAAUCAAGUUCUUUUCUGUAGAAAAGAUACCACAUUCGACGAAAUAACUCUUCUGUUAAAUAGGUGUAUACAAAAACAGUCAAUCCGAACUCCUGUAAAAGCAUUAUAUUCAAUAGCGAAUAUUGAAUUACUACCAUCAGAAGUACAAUUUUGUCUACAUAAUGAAAUUAGACGACUGUUAAUAUGUUCAAACGGAUACGAUUUCUUGCUGUGUUUAUUAUGCCGAGGUCACGAAAAUCAUCCAUUUUUGGACCAAUUUGCAGAUAUCCUGUCAAGACCGUCUCCCUUAUCUGAUUUGAAAUUGAAACAAUAUUUAGUUGAGCAAUGGUCGCACGUGACAGUUGUUACAUCAGAUGUACCUGGAUUGGGAAAAUCUGAGUUCAUUCAGAGAAAAGCGAUUGCUGAUAAAAAACGACCAGUUUGUAUUCACAUCAGUGGACCGUUUAAUAGACUGUCCAUUAUAGAAGAAUUGAUCAAAAUUCGGUUGAAAAAUUACCACGUAUUACAUCUUGACAUUGGUGUUAUCUCAGAUCCUAAUGAACUAGAUUUGUUCAUGUUUGAGAUGAUUGUUUUACGAUACGUUUCUGCAGGAUCAACCGCAUAUGCUUUAGCGUCCACCAGUAUAUCCAUAGAAAUUGCAAACACCAUACACGACGAACUUAGGGACUCCCUGCCAACAGUGACCUGUUUUUCUAGAGAAAAUUUACAGUGGAACUGUUAUAGCGACUUACGCGUUAGUUCUGAAAUUAAUAGUCCAGUUCAAGUAGUUUGUCAUUAUUUGAAAGGUUUGGAUGAUGGUUUGAUUGAUACUCAGGACUUGUACUUUACCGGAACUAAUGCCUUGAAGCCACUGACCAGUACAGAGUGUGCAAGAAUUCUUGGAAGUCAUUUCGAAGUGUCAGGGGAUAUGUCAUUUACCUUGAUGAAUAUUUUUAUCAAUGUUUUAGCAGAUCAACUCAAAAAGUUGUCAGUCAGUUUGUUUUUCAGGACUUCCAGUCUGAAGGCAAUGAUGGAAAAAAGUCAACGGCCAACUGUAAAAUCAAAUCUUGUGAAAGCAUUGGAAAAUGUCUCAAUGGAUUUUGCCGCUAGAUCUGUGAAUGCAUGUAGAUCUGCGCAAACAGCAUCAGUUUUAUAUAAAACAACAGCUAUUGCAGAUAUCUUGGCUAAUCGAGUUUCUGGAAUGAUUCGGUGGGAAGACAGUAAUCAUUUGGUUGUUCUUUUUCAUCAAAAUGUUCAAACUGUUUCUGCUUUAUAUAGAAAUGUGAAAGAUGUGCCACUGUCCGUACGCAAUCUUUUUGAAAGUCAAGUGAAAAGCAAAUUGACAGAUUUUAAAGAAAAAUCUACAGAAGAAUUAAAACAUCUUUUGCUAAAGCUUACAAGAAAUUCGAUAGCAUCUAUAGAUAGGCAACAUCUUGCACUAUCAAUGACGAAAUACGCUUUAACACCGGAUAACUUACUAAAAAUGGUACUAAUUUCAUUGAGAGUCAAUAGCAAUGUUCCUGUAUUGAUUAUGGGAGAAACUGGAUGUGGGAAAACUUCAUUGAUACGUUUCUUAGCAAAAGUAUGUGAUGUUGAAUUUGAAGUUUUCACUAUUCAUGCAGGCAUUGAGGAAUCUGAUAUAAUUCGAAAAUUCAGUCACACAAAUCAAACUGCCUUUCAACAUUUAAAUGAUCAGUUCUGGUUGUUUCUUGAUGAGAUAAACACUUGUAAUCAUUUGGGAUUGAUAACAGAUUCACUGUGCCAUCGAAUGCUUCUAGGGACAGAAAUUGCUCCUAAUCUUACAAUCCUGGCUGCUUGCAAUCCAUACAGACUUCGACAGGAAGAGGAAAUACUGACAACUGGUUUACAGGGGAAAAUCGGAAACGAUGAACUUUCAAGAUUAGUUUACAGAGUAAAUCCUCUACCAGAGGCUUUGAUUGACUAUGUCUGGGAUUAUGGAAGUCUAAGCGAAGAAGACGAAAAGUCUUAUAUCACAAAAAUGGUGGACUCUACUUUUCGAGAUAAAAAGCUUACAAUGCUUUUAACCAAAACGCUUGUAAUGUCACAACAUUUUGUACGAAAUUUGGAAACAAAUGAUUACUGUGUAAGUCUGAGAGAUGUUGAUAGAUGUCGAAGGCUUGUGGAGUGGUUCGACAACACUUUUCUGUUUAAGAAGCAGACCAUACAAUCAGUCACAGAUCGAAAAAUCAGAGCAGUAAUUUUAGGAUUAACCGUGUGUUAUCACAGUAGAUUUUCAGAUGGUAUCAUUAGGAGAAAGUAUCGUGAGGAGAUAAAAAAAUGCAUUUGGUCAACAAUGUCCUAUGCGAUAACAGAAGAAGAAAUCCUGGACUCUAUUUUAACAGAGCAAAAAGACAUAUUAAACAUGAUGACAGAACUUCCAGCAGGUACAGCUUUAAAUGCAGCCUUACAGGAAAACGUGUUUAUGUUAUUGGUAUGUAUUUUGAAUAAAAUACCAAUUUUUCUGGUUGGAAAACCAGGCUGCAGUAAGUCGCUUUCAAUGCAGUUGAUACGAAGUAAUCUCCGAGGAAAAGAUUCAACCGGUCACUUGUUUCAAGAAAUGCCACAGCUGUUUUGUGUGUCUUUUCAAGGUUCAGAGUCAUCAACCUCUGAUGGAAUUAUUAAAGUGUUUGAGAAAGCUGAGAAAUAUCAAAAGCACAAUGAUGAACGCGAUGUCUUGUCAGUUGUUAUACUAGAUGAAAUAGGUUUAGCAGAAAUUUCAAAAUUCAAUCCUCUCAAAGUGCUUCAUGGUCUUAUAGAACGACAUGAUGAACAGAUUAAAGUUGCAGUUGUUGGGAUUUCCAACUGGGCAUUAGAUGCAGCAAAGAUGAAUAGAGCGAUUCAUCUGUCACGACCGGACAUGGACCUCGAGGAACUCAUUUAUACUGGAAAAUCUAUCAGUAACAGCAUGAUGCCUUGCACAGUAAAUGCUAUAUUUGAUCUAGAGUCCAGUCUUGAUGAUAAUUUUGGAAAGCAUUUACAACCACUAACAACUCAAUUACUGGAAGGAAUAGCGAAGGCAUAUUAUGAAUAUUGUUCUCAUGACCAAAAGUUUCCAAACUUCCAUGGGCUUCGGGAUUUUUAUUCCCUGAUCAAAUACUUAGGCAGGAAGGAAGCAGUAUACCAAAAUGCAGAUGAUGAAGAAAUUUGCGAAAUCAUUCUUACAGGAAUAUUUCGAAAUUUUGGUGGUCUUCCAACAGAGAAAAACAAAAUUUUUGAAAUUUUCAGGAAGAAUAUUCCGGGUAUUAAAUCUCAAGAAAUGCCUGUCACGAGGCUUAUUAUUGAAAACUUACAGGACAAAUCCUGUCGUCAUUUAAUGCUUAUUACCAAUGGAGAUGCUGUUAUAAGUAUUCUCGAAAGUCAAUUAAGGCAUUUAGGACUGCCAUUUGACAUUAUUUUUGGUAGCAGCUUUCAAGAUGAUCUAACAGAUGCUUACAACUAUAGAAUUCUUAGCCGAAUUAUUCUUUGCAUGGAACAAGGUAUGGUUUUAAUACUCAAAGACCUAGAAUCUAUUUACGGUAGUCUAUAUGACAUGCUUAAUCAAAACUAUACUGUCGUUGGAAAAAAGAAACACUGUCGAGUAGCAUUAGGCCAUUACAGUAAUCCGAUGUGCCACGUGCAUGAUGAUUUUAAAUGUGUUGUAUUAGUAGAGGAGUCUAAAUUAGAUUACUCUGAUCCACCUUUUUUGAACCGGUUUGAGAAACAACAUUUUGAAUUUUUUGAUCUACUUGAGAACGAGAACCUCAAAAAAGCAGUUUAUGAACUAAACAAUGAUAUAGUAAAUUUUUGUAAGAUUCCAAAUCACGCCUUUUCCCCUAAUGAUGUCAUUCCAUCAUAUAGUACAAAUUUGCUUGUAUCACUUAUUAUCAAGCUACAGCAAAACAUGGCUUGCACGAGUUCUUUAGAAAAUAUCAAAAAGAAUGCAUUUGAUACUUUGCUAUGGUUGGUACCACCAGAAGUUGUUAUUCGCUCAAAGGAAAGUGUAUUUUGCAGAUCAAAAAGUCCAAACGAAUUUGGUCAAAUUUUGAAUAAAUAUCUGGAAUUGCCAAUUCAUACAGGCUUGUUUCAUUUCCUUGACAGAAUGUGCAAUGCAUCUUUUGACGUAAUAAAAGAAAAGACGACCGAAAAAAGUAAUAUUAGUUCAACUAUAUCAAAAGAUGGGAUUGAAAAUGAAAACUCGGCUUCAACUCAAAUACCCUCCGAGAAUACUGAUUAUAAUGGACAAGCGUCGUCAUGCAAUAUCUUGGAAAGUAAGGAUAACAUCUUGUCAAGACAGACACUGCCUACUGAUGUUUUUGAAAUAAAAAAUGCACUCAAAGAACAGCUUUUACAAAUAACAUAUAUAAAGGAGCAAGAAGUGCAUGGUGUUUGUGAAUACUUAUAUGUUAUCUAUACAUUUUCGGGUAUUAAUUCUUUCUUUGAACCUUUGAUUCAGAAUAAAAAAAUUCAGAGAGAAAAGUUGGCCAUAUUUAAAUCAGAAAAACAAUUUUCUUUUAAAAUUGACGAGUUUUUUCAGUCUGACAAUAAUAUUCUUGUGUUACAGUGCUCAUGUUUAACGGACAAUCGUCAUUUACUACUUGUAAAAGGAAUAAUAGAGAAAUACAUUCGAACGCAUAUGGUUGAUAUGCAUCAACAACAAAAACAUGUGUGUAUUGUUAUACACCUAGAACGAAACGUUACUUCGGAUAUACCAUUGAACUUUUUAUCUGGUUGGAGUUUAUUCUUUAUAGAUAGUAUUGAAACACCUUUAACGCCUUUGGAACAUUUGCUGAAUGUUGACAAACUACAAAUUGUUACAGAACGCAGACCUUUAGAUAGCUAUAUCAAUAAAAUGCUGUUUUGGGCAUUUUCAAGAAUCAAAUUUACCAAUGGACAGAACUCCGUAAAAAUCCUCGAAGAUGUAAUGAUGCAAAUUAAAUCAUGCAAUGAGGUUGUUUCUACUCUAGAGGACUAUGUUCUUAUGUGGAUAAAGAAAACGUCACUUGAUCUUGAAAUUCUGAGGACGAGUGGUUAUGAACAACAAGACUUUUGUUCAACCUAUUGGUGCGUAGAUGUUGCCGAAAAUCCCCAUGAACUACUAAAAGCAGGCCCCUUUGUAUGUGCGUUAGAAAAUAGCAUCUCAGACAUCAUUAGACUUCCACUUGCACCCUACAUCUUCAAACUUUUAGAGCAAAACUUACUCAGUCCAGUAUUUGUAGAGGACGCCUGCACGCCUGCAAGACGACUCAUUUGGAGACGAGUGGUUCUUUCAGAUAUUUAUGUAAAUACUGACGGUAUUCCUCUUCCAUCUGGACCAGAAUGCUACUUUUGUAGCAGUGAGCCUUUGAACUUUUAUAUGCCAUGUAGUCAGUCAUUAAUGCUGCAGAUAGACGAUCGAAAAGGCGAGUUUUUAGAUAUUAUCAGACGACUUCGAAUAGACAAUGAUAUAGACGUAGAUGAUGAACUCCCAAGGGAUCUAUUUGACAAUGCAACAAAUAAUUGUAUUGAUAUUAUCUGUUUUGAAGCUGUUAGUAUAUCUGAAGAUUUACGUUAUCCGGAAAGGAAUAAAGAUUUUAUUCGGGAUUUUUGUAACUACUUUUCCGUUAAAAUACUAAAGGAUACGGACGAAUUGGAGAGAAUUGAUAUUUUUAAAUGGGCCUUAUCAAACUUUGUCGACUUUGAAAAAAUAGAAAGUGUUGAUUUUCUUACUCUUGUCGCAUAUCUUAAUGCAGGUUUGUGGGUAUAUGGGCACAUAAUCAAUGCAAUAUGCCAUAUAGUUAAACUAUGCAUGUACUCAGUUGAUCUUUCAACUUUAAAUGUAGCGGAGCUGAUCUGUUUUCAAAACACAAUCACUGGUACGACUACUAAAAGUGCUGGCAAGGAGAAAAAUGUAAGCAUGAAGGAAGUCAAUAACACAAACAUUCAAAUGAUUGAAAACGGAAGCGAUUUUUUAAUGUUUGAUGAUCAAACAGACGAAAUGGUAGAAAUCAAGUGUCUGAUGGAAGAUAUGAUAACAUCUGUCGCAUUGAAUGACUCUUUUCCAAGUUCGUACGGAGAUAAUCCAGGUAGUAAUAUUUACAGCUUAUCAGAGGAAAAUGACGAUUUGACUGUUUGUGUCACAGAUUCUAAUGAGCAUGGCGAUACCACCUCUCUAUCAAGGGAACAUUUUAUGAAAGUCCUAUGCAUGUCACUUCUACCAACAAAACAAGUAUUUGACACACUAGUAGUUGAUGAAUGGAUAGCACUUGUCAGAAAUAUUUUACCUCUUGCGCAUAUCAUCAAUGAUGAAUGUGAUGAACUCACGGCUUUAAAAUUUUGUCAGGAACUAACAGAAGAUUUCGUGAAAAAAGGUUUUUCAAUUCCCGUAUCUUGUAUUACUGAAUUAGGGCGAUGUAUUAUUGAUAACAAUGGAAAACUGGGUGCAUUAGCGGUAUGUGAGUGUUUACACAGUAGUUUAAGGAAGCUACAGAAUGAACAAUCAGUGAAACAGGCCAUACUACAGAAACUUUUUUGUUCUUACAUACUGCGAUGUAUGAUAGCGUCCCCGGAAAAUACUGACCCGUUAACUUUUACAUUAACUAAAAUCAAAGAAAACGAAAUGUUCGACCCAGAAAUGUCAUAUUUUGGACAGGUUGUGAAAUUUGCAGUAAUAAUAGAUUUGAACGACAAUAGAGACGCAUACUUUAACAUGUUGAUAAAUGAAAAAUCCUGUACGACAAAUGAGAUUGUUGGCAUGUGCUUUGAUUCCUAUUUAGUUGAUCUGGACGUCACUGACAUCAAAAACAUGUCUCUUCCAAUUUUAUUAUUACAUGUUCUCGAAAGCUACGCAUUUGAAGAAUAUUUGACAAUUGAACAUUUGGGAUCAGUACAGAGUAGUUCCGACGAAAUACUCCAUUGCUUGUCUCGUUCGUUUCAAAUUAUAGAAACUGAGAUUUUCUCUCUUAAGUUCGUUGUUGCAUUGGCUUUUGUGAAAAAAAUGUUGAUGGUUUUUGUCGAUUUACUUGAUUCAACAAAAUACGACUGUUCUGCUAUGCCAACUCUUGCUCAGCACAUUAACUCAAUUAUGACCAUUACAAGCAAUACGGAUUACAAUAUAUUGUUUUCAACCGAAACACUGCAUUUCUUCUUGAAACACAUAAAUCAGAGAUUUGGUUGCCAAGAUAUUGCGAGAAAAUGUCAAUUGAUGGAACCAUAUAUUCCGGUAUUAAAGGAAGUCGUGUGCACGUGGACAAAUAGUUUUGUAGAGAAAUCAGCAGUCUUCAAUCCAUUAUUUCUUUACCUUGAUCCGGCGUCUUUUGACAUGUUUCUGACCCAGAUGAAGAGCGUAGGCAGUAAAAACAACACGCUACAUAUUCUUUUGUCGGAAAGAACUGACAUGCUGAAGUUUGUUGGUGUGCUGGCUCAAUGUUUCUUUAUGAGAAAAUGUUUAAAAGAAAAUGAUGACACUGAGAUGCAGAUAGCUGAACAAAUAGCAGCCAUGGUAGAUAAAGCAAAUAUUAAAGAGGAACUCAAAAGUAUUAUAAAUGGCUUACUUGGUGUACAGGAAUUUAAACAUAACUUGUUUAAUUUAUCCGUGAUGGUUCGUACACCACAACCACAGAUCUCAUCAGUAAUUGUUCAUAUGGCUUGCAUAAUUGGAACAAUAACUCAUUACGAAUCAUUUUGGAAUCAAACUGUUUUUAUGCCUAUUUCCUCGGCUGUGAAUGGUUUACCACUUAUCCCAUUUGAAAAAUUUGAAAAAGAACACGAGUUACCAGAAGCAUUUCCAGGGACGUCAAAGGUUUGUUGUAACAUCAUGCAAAUUUUUCUGCACAGCAGUUUAGUUAUAUCUUUUGGAUUAAACAAAAUAUCAUCUCUAAACGUACUGAACCUUAUAGGUUACGAAAAUGACAACAUUGACAAGCAGAUUCGACAGUACUGGCAGAAUUUGCAACAAGAGCUUCAGUUGAACUGUGAUGAUAUGUGUAUUUUACUGCAUUCUAUCCUUUUCAAUUCUCUUCACCUGUUUACAGCCGAACCCGAUGGCACCAGUUUAAAAGAAUCAGUUAACAUUUUGAUGCAGAAACAUGUAGUUGUUAUCAACGAGAUUUUACCAAAUAGGUUUGCCCAUAUCCAUUCAUCAAAACGCCACUGUGCAUUGCUAUGUAGUGAAGGUGCCUUGUCAGUGGAAAAUUGUGUGACUGAAGUAGGUCCAUGCAAUUACAAUGUGAACAUUAACAGUUUUACGCAUUUAUUCAGAGUUUACACCAAACCAACUAAAGAAAGUUUAUUCGCAAAUCUUCACAUUGCCGCGAAAAACGAUUUCCCCGUGCUUCAUUUGGUGAUUGACCACAUGGAAAAAUUAAGCCUACCACAAAAGAUACUGUCAAUUUUGAAAUGGCAUUUAUCAUUAGUAAUUUAUGCAAGUUACAAGUUUCGCAAGGUUGAUUUUAAAUAUAUGACAAUAACAAAACUUUUCGCCGAGGAAAAUGAUGAUAAAAAGAAACGGGUAUUAAAAACUAGGUUUGAAGCAUUUAAAAACGAUUGGAAUGACAUAAGAUCAUUUCACUGUUUCCAGUCAUGUGAUAAAGAUUCUGAAACACUAGAGAUAAUGCAUACGAUGUUAAAGAUGAGCUCUGCCACUAUAAUUGGAGAAAACUCGCCACUUUAUAGAGUAGUAGAAAAAUUAAUUCAAAUUCAAAAUAAUUUCCUAUCUGAGGCAUGUAGUACGAAAUCCAUGAAGGAAAAUCCCAUAACUGUGUCGUUGUUAGAAAUCAGAAGUAAAGAUUUAUUGAAUUUUAAAUGGAGUGACCGUUUUCUUACAUUCUCGCAGUGUGAUACAAGAUAUGGUUUAGAUCAAAAAAUAGAUUUUGAUUUCGAAAAGAUAGAACAAGAAAUCAAGGCAGAAGUUUUGUUUGGAAAAUGUUUUAUAAAAAUACAGGAUCUCCCACAAAUAGUUUUUUCUGAUGAGUUGUUCCAAAACACGGUAGAACUUUUGAAGGAAAUACAACGCAAUGUUCAACAGUAUGAUUUAACGCAGGAUAUUAAAAAAGAAAUAGUACAUAAAAGAGACAGAGAUGCAUCACAAAUAACAAACAUGUUGACACAAACUGGAAUGGUCAUAUCGCUUAUCCGAAAGACAGGAGCAGAUUCAGCCCAACCUAUAGUCGAAUAUUUAACUAAAUGGGAGAAUGUUUCAGGAAUUUCCUCCUUGGAAUUGAAAAAUCUUUUACCCGAGGACAUCAAGAUUGGACAUAUAAUUCCCUUUUAUCAAUAUUUAGAAGAAUUAAACGGAGACAAUAUAGCUAACUCGUUAGAAGAUAAAUAUCGUGUACACCUUCCAAGAGAAGGAAGAGAAAGUUUGAUUAAAUCGUCAAAAGGUAAUUUUAAAACUGUCGAGAAGCUAGAUCAUGCUUUAAAGGUGUUUGUACAUAGAUGUCUGUCGUCAAGUAAUAAUGUUAUUCGACCAGACCAACCAUUGGUUGACUACAUAUGUGAUGAACACUUCUGGUGGACGGACGAUUUUCAAAAUGAAUUUGUAUUGUCUGGACAGAGCCGAAUUCCUCUGAGAGAGCUAUUGUCACCAACAAUUCAAGUUGAACACAUCUUUGAAACCAUCAAGUACAUAAAAGAUCUUUUGGAGGACUCUAAACAAAAAGCAGCACGUAUAUCAGGUAUUAACUCUUCAUAUAAGACUGCUAAACAAACCGAAUUGCCAAAACGAACAAGAAGCAAAGCAGCGAUGAAAAUGAUGAAAACUUAAAAAAGCAAGAUUUGAGGGAACAGUCCAUUGGGAACCCUAUGUUGCAUACUGAUCAAAAUGAAAAGAAAACUUUGUGAAAAAAAAAAUAUGGAUUCUUUUACAUGUAAGAAUUAUAAGGAAAUGAUGUGUUGACUAUAUUAAAUAUAUAUUUAAUUAACUUUAUUCUACUAAUUUAUAAGAUAAUUAAUGAGAAUAAUGUUCUGAAAAAAAGUAGUCCAAAUCUGUGAAUGUUUACUUUAUUCAAUCAUAUAACAUUAUGACUAUAUUUUCAGAUGUAUAUAUAUUUUUUAGUUUUAAUGCCGUACAAAAUUAUUAUGCAUAUGUAUAUUUCUUUUUUGUAAAUUUCUAGCUUAUAAACCACAUGUAAUGUUAUUGUAUAUACACUGACUGUAUGUGUAUCAGUACAUUAUUCUUUCAGACAUUAGGUCAAAAAUGUAAUUAUCUUUUUUUUAAUUAAUGUACAUAUUAAUACUUAAAUUAAGUAGUUUUCAUUGGUGGUUUUUUUUUUUUCGUGUGAAUGAAAGAUUAGGGUCGUUCGAAAGCUGGAACAAAACAUUAAAAAUCUUACUGCAUAUUGAGAUGUAACAUGUCAAUUUAUCAGAAAUUAACAUAAAUACUUAUUUUUUUCAAAAAUCAAUCGACUUCGUUUCAUUUUUUUCAUAUUUCAUACUACAUAUUCUUAUACCUUUAUUUCUUUACCUAUAAUUUAUUUAAAAUCUUUACUUAUUCAAAAGAUUAUAAGUGAUAAUACUCAAAAUUACGUCAUGUGUUUUCCCAAUAGUCUUUCUGUCAAUAUACCUAUUUGAAUAUGAAAUAAUCUUAAAUUCGUCAAAUACCCUUGUUGAAUGAUUUAGAAACUAUAUUGAUAAUGAAAUGCUGAAUAGAUACAGCAAUGAUGGCACCUUCAAUCUAGAAUGUUCACCAUAUCCUUUAAAAAAUUAAAAACCUUCUGUGCAUGUCUGAUUAUUCAAUGUAGAGGUAGUUUUUUAUUUUAAAUUGACCUAGUGUCACCAGCCAUAUUCGUUUUAGAUUGUUUUCAUGUUGGUAUCAUCGAACAAUUUUCAACAACUCCAUAUACAUUUUUUAUUCGAUAUUUUUGUUUGACUUCCGUGCAGUACAAUGAACAUUUUUUUUUUGUUAGUUAGCUCAUUUUCUUGUUUCAUAAUUAUAUAUUAUGUUGUUUUUGUUUUUGUUUUUGUUUUUUAAUGUUUAUAAUUUAUAUGUGUAUAGGCCUACAAUGUAUCAUGAAGCUGUAUAAUUUUGUUUUCACACAUUGGAAAUUGAAUGAUGAUAGUAAAUCUGAACUGUGAAUAAGUAGCAAAAUACUUGGAUCAGUAGUGGUGCCAAAUUAAUUUAUCAUCUCAAAAUACACUACUUAUAAUCUUAAAAAAAAUUGAUAAACUCUUAGAGGAAAAGAAGCAAAAAUGUUUAGAUUGUUUGACACAUUGAAAGUAUCAAAUUCAAUUCUUUAUAUUAUAAAAACAUGGCCAUGGUGUGGUCGACCUUAAUGUGAGAUAUUUGCCACUGGACAGUAAAGGCAAACUAUUUGUAGCGUAUAUAUUUAGCAUGUUAGAUCAUUGAUUUAUUUUAGGGAUAUAAAUAAUUAUCUUGAGACAAACCAAUGUUAAAAUAGAUACAAUGAAUAUUGAUAUAAUAAUAUCUUAAUAUGAGGUAUUGAUAUUGAUGCCUAAAAUAUACUUGAUCAUUCUUUAUUGAUAUUCCAAAAAAUUUGUUUUUUAAAGUUAAUCAUAAAUUGUGUAUAUUUUUUAUAUUUUUUACACAAUCAAAUGAUUAUAUGUUUUGUAUUUACUAAUUCUACAUGAAUAUAAGCUCCUACAGUUGAUAACUUAUUAGAGAUUUACAAUCAAGUGUAUGACUCGAACCCAAUUCCGAAUAAGAAUAAGACAUCGAAAAUUAUGUAUUCUGGUAGUAUAGAACAGUUUAAAUAAUGUAUUUUUUAAGGAGAAUCAUUGAAAUUAAUUCCAUUUAAAUCAUAUGUAAGCAUCCAUCCUUUGCUUCGUAACACAGUAUGUGUUGUAGUUAAUUAUAGUUUACGUUUUUGUUAAGAGAACGAGGAAUUGACAAAGGGUCUAACAAAGGUCGCGUAUAUAACACUUUUUUUCAAAUUUCGAAAAAAUACCUUUGUACCUAUUCUGCUACUUUGUGUUAUUAACUGACGCAUGUCGAGUCGUGCAUUCACAUUUAUUUCCAUCUCGUUAAUAAUUUGAGUGAUCAUUCUUGUUUUAAUAGUUUAUUGCUCUUUUUAUAUUUUCUCUAUAAGUAUCGGAUUAGUUUUUUUCAUCACUUUGGCAAAAACCUCGUUUUCAUCGAUGUCUGUUUAGUUUGAACUUUCUCUUUUAAAAUUGUAUCGACAUUGAACUUUGUAGGAAUACGCACAUUGAAUAUCCUAUCAUUUGAUUUGUGAACCAAAAUUUCAAAAAUACUACAGCCCAGUUAUUGUAAAUCUCUAUUAGGAUCUUACAACAGUGUCAGCUAAAGUGUUAUCGUAUAUUAAGUUUAAGUGUAUUUAGUUAUAACAUGUAGUUAGUAUUGGUAAAAUGUUGAAUAUGUUCCACUUAUUUAGAGAGCACGGUAACAGGGCAUAGAUCAACGGAAAAUUGAUUCAUCAUUUAUUUCUGUAUAUUUUUUCAUUUAAGUGAAAUACAAGAAGUUUGAUUUUCGUCUUUUAUUAUUUGAUUCAGUACUUUUUUUAUUUAACUUAAAAAAAAAAUAAUUACUGUUAACUUUUGAUUGUAGUAAGUUGAUUUUUAUGUUAAAUAUGUUUUGAAAUUUGUGAUAAUUGAUGAAAGUGCAGCCAGAUUAAGCAUGAUGAUUAUGAAUAGGUAUGAUAAUUGCAAGUAAAUGUAUAUGUUGUUAAUUCGGCUAUUUUGAUUAUCUCAGACAAUAGCUCUGAAAGUUUGACUAAAAAUGUUUUAUUUGAUUUUUAUUUUUUUUUCAAAACAAUUGUGACCACAUUGCACUUUAUCAGCGAUUUUUUUUAAAUAAAUUUUCCUAAAUCAA